AUGGGCGACCUGAAGUCGGGCUUCGACGAGGUGGACGGCGUGCGCCUGGGCUACCUGGUGAUCCGGGGCAAGCAGAUGUUCGCCCUCUCGCAGGUCUUCACGGACCUCCUGAAGAAUAUCCCGCGCACCACGGUGCACAAGCGCAUGGACCACCUGAAGGUCCAGAAGCACCACUGCGACCUGGAGGAGCUGCGGAAGCUCAAAGCCAUCAACUCCAUCGCCUUCCACGCCGCCAAAUGCACCCUCAUCUCCCGCGAAGACGUCGAGGCGCUCUACACCUCUUGCAAGACCGAGCGGGUGCUGAGGACCAAACGCGGCGGCGGCGGCGGCGGCGGCCCCAGGAGCGGCGCCAGGGGCCCCGUGGGGCCCGCCCAAGCCGCCUGCCCCGGGCCGGAGCCCAGCUACGCGGCCUUUUGGAAAGACGGCGGCGGCAAACUUUGGCUGGGUUUGAAUGGAGCCGCCGCGCCUCUGGCCAGCAGGAGGAAAGCGUGGCGCACGGCGGCGGCGGCGGCGGUGGCGGAGUCGGGCGCCUUCCUACCGGCCUCGGAUCUACCUCACUUUUGGAGCCCUUCCGCUGGGCACGGCUCGCCGGGGCUGGCCCGGGCGCCUGGCAAAGGGCCCCUAAACUAUGAAACUGCCCCGCUCGGGCCCCGCUACGUCUCGCUGUCCGCGCAGCCGGCGUGUUUCCGGAGCCUGCUGUGCUCCAAGCACCCGCAUUACUACUACCACUCCGCGGCCGCCAUUGCCAGCCGGCCCAAGCUCGCCGCCGCCGCCGCCGCCGCCACGACGGGAGGCAGCCCGCUGGGCUUGGGCUGCCGCUCGAAGAGGAAAAAAGCCGCCGCCGCCGCCGCCGCCGCCGCCGCCCAGGGCCGCUUCUCGCCGGGCUGCGGGCGGCGCCUGGUGCUGGUGCCCCGCGCUUGCAAGGCGGCGGGGGGCUCGGAGCGGCUGCCCGGCUUGAACGGCUUCUUGGCGCCGGCGCCGCCUUUCCCGGAGGCGUGCAGCAGCGACUCGGAGUCCAGCUCCUACUCGGACCAGGCGGCGAACGACUCGGACUUCUGCUCGAGCUUAACCAGCACCAGCAACUCGGGCUCUUCGGAGGAAGAAGAGGACGACGACGAGGAAGGCAGCUGCGUCUCGGACUCCAGCGAGCUGAGCUCCGACGAGGAGGAGGAGGAGGAGGAAGAGGAGGAGGAGGAGGAGGAGGAGGAAGAAGAGAGCAGCUCCGAGUCGGAUUCCAGCAGCUCGGGUUCCAGCCAAGUCUCAGUGCAGAGCAUCCGCUUCAGGCGCACCAGCUUCUGCCAGCCGCCCAGCCUCCUGGCCCCGCAACCUCCGGGCCGGCCGUCUGGCGGCGAGCAGCUGCCCGCUCCGGCGCGUCUCAUCAAAGCCGAAGCGUCCGAGGAGGGGGAGGAGGGGGAGGAGGACUGGAGGAGCCCGGCCGGCUGGGUCCCCAAGGCCGAGCCCGGCCUGUCCUGUCCCAGCCCCGGCCUGGGCAGCGGCCUGGGCUUUGGGCAGCUCAGCCCGGGGCCCGGCGACGACGAGCUGCCUUUGGCAGGACACGCUUCCGACGACGACGUGAAGGCUCCCGGCCUGACCGCGGGGCCAGGCUUGGCCAAGGGCCCCCUCUCGCCCGGCUCAAAGAGCUGUCACGCGUCGCCGCCAAGACCCCGCGAGGCGAGGCCAUGCCAGCCAGCCCCCUCUCCGCCUCCCCCUCCUCCGCCUCCCCCUCUGGCCCGGGCAGGGAGCCCCGCCGAUGCCCUGGGGGGGUCGCCCGGGGAGUCCCCAGAAGCUGCCCGGCUCGCCCGCCCCCUGGCCCCCUGCCCGGGCUGCUCCUCUCCCCCAAGCCAGCCUUCUGCCGCCGACUGCCCCGAGCCUGCCGGCCCUGCCCAGUCCUCGCCCCUUGUGCCCAUUGCCCAGAUCAAAGUCGAGGACAGCAGCGCCAACGCCGAGUACGGCGCCCUCCCCGCCCAGGCCCAGCCCCAGCCCCAGCCCCCGCUCAAGUGGGAAGGAGGCGGCGGAGCCGAGCCCAAGCUGGAGGCGGACAGGCAGCUGUCGCCGCCGCCGCCGCCGCCCAGCCCCAGCCGCCCGCCCGAGGACCGCCUGCUGCCAGCCAAGGAAGACCCCGCCUGCCCCGACGAGCCCCCCAGCCCUCCCGCGAGCCCCCCGCCGGCCCCCUUGAGCCAGACCCCCGCCGCAUGCACUUUAGGCGCCGGCGCCAAACCCGAGGAUGGGGAGUACAAAUUCGGAGCCAGGGUGAGGAAGAACUACCGGACCUUAGUGCUGGGCAAGCGAGCCGUCCUGCCCAGCCCGGCACCGCUCAAACCAAAUCUGAAAUCCGUCCGGGGACCCCGGCCGCCCCCGGGGAAGCUGCUGGAGGCCCACGAAGGAGCCCUGGGGGACGACUUGACAGUUCUCGGGCGGCGCAAGAGAGCGGCCGGCCACGUCGCCUCCGCCGUCAAGAGGCCCUUCAGCUUCAUGGGCAACUUUCCGUGCCCGCCCUCAUUAGUGGUGGGCCUAGACGGGGACUUGCUGCCAGCCUACACCUUGAACACCGCCAAGGAUGCCCAACCACCUCCCAGGGCUCAUCCUGUCUGGAAAUGGCAGCUGGGAGGCUCAGCAAUACCUCUUCCACCCAGCCACAAAUUCAGGAAAUUUCAUUCAUGAAAGAGAUUGAAUGGGAGCCCGACUUCUUGGCUGUUGUGUCGUUUUUGUCCCACCCCCAUCGCCCCUUCCACCUUUUCUCCCACCCUUACCUUUGCGAAUCUACGCUGGAUGGUUUCUCCUUCACCAC